CAUGGUGAGUUAGUCAACAUUCUAGUGCGACAAACAAGGGGAUACAAUUCGGCAAGAGCAUGUGUUUAUCAUCCUCAACAUUGUAACAUUUCGAGCUUUUAUAAUGCCACGAACGAGAGAUCCCUUUCCUUUUCCUAAAACUGAGAACGACUACUCAUUGACUGGGGCAAGGCAAUGUCAGAAAGAGCCAUUUGAUAAACCAACUCACAUAGCUCAAAAUGACGAACCGUGGAGUCGUCUAAAUGACAGGACUACUCUAGCCAGCAUUAGGAGGAAUGUCCGGUAUCAUGACCGGCAGGCACCUAAAGACAGCCUAGACUUCCAUUUGAAAUCAACCUAUGACCACCACCAAGAGUUCCUCAGUAGUAAGAACCAGACCUUAUACCAGAGGGAGACUUUUACUGACGACCAUGGGAGGACUCUGAAGAACCGUGCAAAACAUGAAGCGCCCUUGUGUGAAACCAAGACAGAAGUUAAAGUAUGGAUGAACUCACAGAAGUCUUCCAUCUACAGCAUUGAGGGAACAAUAGAAUCUCAUCACAACGCCUCUACUAACAGGGGAUACUCUAGGAAGCACGACGGAGGAUUCUACUCCACCUAAUAAUACUGUCACACAACUCACUCAGUGGGCGAUGGACAUCACUGAACUUCCAGUGAACUACCCCCCUACACAAGAUCAUUACUAUAUUUAAGUAUUCAAGUCGCUGAAACAUCUUAAAAUAUAAGCAUUCCUUAACUUUGACAGCAUAGUUGAAUGGUGGUUGCAUUUUCAGCACAGAAGCCAACAGUUGUGUGAAAGUAUGAACCUUAUAACAUCAAAAUGUUUGUUUGGUUGCACAUUGAUCAAGUGUUUGUUGCCACCCAGGCUUUAAAAAAAAUUGAGAUGAAGCAGUAGAGCCACUGCAUUUCUGUUAUAAAACUAACCUGGCACACGUGUUUCCCUUCUCUCCAUAAACGCUCACUACUUUUGUCCUUAUCUCCAUUAUCUGGCUAAAAUAAUUGUGCACUUGUGAUCUAGCUUGCCUGGACAAGGGUUGGCUUGCGAGCUAGCCAGAAAACGUUGGCUAAGAAGCUACAACAGUGUUAAUUAUAGUCUCAGGCAGUAAUUUAUAGCAGAUCAGAAUCGCUGUUAUACUCAUUGGCCAGUGUGGAGAAUGAGGUAACACUACAAAACUCCUCGGCACUAGUAUAUCUGAUCGAGUCAUCACUUCUGACCACAAUUUAUGACAUGCUCAUUGCCUCAGGAGCUCGCAUGUCGGGUACUAUCAUUUCAGAAUCGGGGCAAGGUCAAACCCCAACCGGAUCAAAUCAGACCACUGUGUAGAACUAUAAACCUAAAACAAUCACACACACUCAUUCAGACACACUCAUUCAGACACACUCAUUCAGUCACACUCAUUCAGUCACACUCAUCCAGUCACACUCAUCCAGUCACACUCAUCCAGUCACACUCAUUCAAUCGCACACAACACGCACAAACAUAACACCAUUCAAAUAAAACUGACAGUACUACCGCGUUGUUGAAUUUAUAGAGCGCAGAGAAUCAUGGGAACUCGGAGGAAAGAAAGGUUGGAGUAAAAUAAUAGCGUGCCCUCGUGUGGCCAUCAAUGGUAAUGUGGGCAUGCCUUGUAAUGAGUAGGCCUACAUUAGCUUGUUUAUAAUAAACCACACAACAUACAGAGUACUAGUCAACAUUUUGACUAGUACUCAUUCAAGGGUUUUUCUUUAUGGAAUCAUGUAGUAACCAAAAAAGUGUUAAACAAAUCAAAAUAUAUUUUAGAUUAUUCAAAGUAGCCACCCUUUGCCUUGAUGAC